GCAGAGUGAGAUAAGGCGCGCAGCUGCCCGCAUUAGCUAGCCUGCUGGCGUGCUGGCUUAGAGAUGGGCUUCCCGGCGCGGAUCUUGGGUCAGAUCCUGGGCGUGGUCAAGCGACGUGAACGUGUGGGGCGCCUGUUCGUGCGACUGCGGGCUGGGUGUGUGUGUGUGUGCGUGUGUGCGUGCGGGUGCGGGUGUGACGUCACUCACUAGGUUCUUCCAGUUUCGCGAUGCGACGACGACGACGGCAAGCCGCGUUGCGUAACUUUCAUGUCGUGUCGCAUCGCUUGGAGUGUGGUUUGUUUAGAUUGGGCUUUGUUUUCGCGCUGUGUGCUGUGUUGCGCACUGCUGGUGGUUUCAGCUGCGCGAUACAGUAGGUACCUACCGCGCUCCUGCUCCAGCCUGCCUGCUCCAGCUCCAGCUCCAGCUCCAGCUCCAGCUCCAGCUACAUACAGCAGCUCCGAAGCCGCCGCACUGUCGCCAGCCAGCGGCGGGCAUCAACGCGCCGCCGUACCUACCUACGUAGCACAGUUCGCAAACGCGCAUUGCAUCGCAUCCCGCCUAGACCCACGUCAUACAUACGUAGUACUAUGUCCGUCGCACAGAGGUACUCGAGUAGGAAUCCCCAGUCCCCAGGCCCCACCUUCUUCGCGCACCCAUGGCCCAUGGGCCGUGUCGCUAAUCCGUAAGCCCUGCCAGCCAGCCGAUCGCAACGUGCAGCCAGCUCGUGAGCUCGAGCCGGGCGUGGGGCUGUGCCGGGGGUGUGAUUGGUCGCUUGUGGCGUGUUUUGGUUGCUUGCUGCGACGCCCGUGGGGUUGCUGACGCUAGGUAGGUGUUUCUUGCCUGCCUAUAGGUACAGAGGUGGCUGGAUCGCGAGUGAGUGGUGGAUUAGAGAGGUAGGUGCGCGCUGAGAUUCC